AUGUCGGCCCCCAAAAACCUACGAUUGGUGGACCUUCCUGGUUUGAUCUGGGAGUUUACAGAAAACGACUUCGCGACAUUUGCACUACCAAACGCAGGCUUUGGCCUCCUAGCGGCCUCGGUGGCUCCGACGCUGACCAGCUGCUCCGAAAGCCCCGGGGCGCUCAGCCUUCUGCUUCGUGCCGCGCCUCCCGUUAUCCUCUUCAACUGGGCCAACCUGCUCAUUUUCGACGUCGCGAAUCAGCGACUACCAGAAUCCGUCACGGAAGAUUCGCUGAACAAGCCAUGGCGGCCGCUGGCACGCGGGAAAAUCAGCCCCAUCCAGACCCGCCAGCUGUUACUGGCGGCCAUCCCGGCUGUGUUAGGGCUCGGCUUCGUUCUAGACGCCUCCUGGGAAACGGCGCUGAUCAUGCUGUUGACUUGGAUGUAUAACGACCUACAUGGGGGCGACGAGCUAACCCGCGACGUGAUUAUCGCCAUCGCCUACGAUGUGUUCCUGAUGGGCUCCCUCCGCAUUGCGCUGGGGACAGCGACGGAGACGUGCAGCGAGGUGGCUGUCUCGACGACAGGGUAUCAAUGGUUAGCCAUGAUCGCAGGAGUGAUUAUGACGACGAUGCAGAUUCAAGAUCUUCGCGAUCAGGUGGGUGACCGCACCCGAGGACGCAAGACAUGGCCCCUGGUGGUAGGUGACUCGGUCUCACGGGUGUGGAUUGCUGCCUGCGUAUGCCUUUGGAGUGUGGCCAGUGUGUGGUUCUGGGGGGAAGUGCCCCUCCUCAUCUCCGCUGGAACCAUGGCGCUUGGGGGCUGGAUUGAUUUCACUCCACGUACCGAUACCGAGGCUUGUGACAUGGGGGCCGUGCAAGGAUAA